UGUCCCCGCGGCGACCAUCCUCCAUUCCCGCUCCGGCCGUCUCAAUUCCUUCGUACCGCCGCGUGCGCUUUCCCGAAAUACUCCGCCCUCCCCCAAUACAAAGCGCACAGGCACGGACACAGGGGGGCUGCCACUGCACCGCACACAGCGCAACCGCAAAGAGAGCGCCCCCCAUCCUUCCUUCCUUCUUUCCCCCCUUUGUUUCUCCUUGACUCGCCACUAGGACGGACGGACUAGCCCUCUGCGCUCUGCUCUGCUCCCCGCCGCCCCGGCCGGACACGCGCAGCAGUCGUCGCCACCCAAGAACGCAGAGCAGAAGCAGGGGGGGAUUAAUGGCUCCGAGCUGCUACGACGUGGCCGCGUCCAUGCUCCUCUGCGCCGAGGACAACGUCAGCAUCAUGGACUUUGAUGAGGCCGAGGUGGAAGAGGAGCCGAUAGCGGCGGCGGCUGAUUUCGGGGCGGAUUUGUUCCCGCCGCAGUCGGAGGAAUGCGUGGCGGGCUUGGUGGAGAGGGAGAGCGAGCACAUGCCGCGGCCGGACUAUGGCGAAAGGCUGCUUCUCGCUGCCGCCGCCGGCUGCGGCGGCGGCGUAGAUCUCCGCGUCCGGAGCGAGGCCGUCGAUUGGAUUUGGAAGGUUUACACAUACUACAGUUUUGGACCCCUCACUGCCUAUCUGGCUGUGAACUACCUGGACCGUUUCCUGUCACGGUACGAGCUGCCGGAAGACAAGGCUUGGAUGGCGCAGUUGCUCUCGGUGGCGUGCCUGUCUCUGGCUGCCAAGAUGGAGGAGACUUACGUCCCACGAUCUCUGGACCUUCAGAUCGGCGAAGAACAGUACGCGUUCGAGGCGAAGACGAUCCAGAGAAUGGAGCUUAUCGUUCUCAGCACCCUCAAUUGGAGGAUGCAGGCCGUGACCCCUUUCUCCUACAUCGACUACUUCCUAGGCAAGCUCAACGGCGGCAAUGAGUCGCCACAAUGCUGGCUCUUCCGAUCAGCGGAGCUCAUCUUGUGCGCAGCAAAAGGAACUGGAUGCCUGGGGUUUAGACCCUCGGAGAUCGCCGCCGCGGUUGCGGCCGCCAUAGUUGGAGCCGUCGACGGCGCAGCCAUUGCAAAGGCUUGCACCCAUGUAGAUAAGGAAAGGGUGCUGCAAUGCCAGGAGCAGCUGCUGCACCGUCAGCCAGCCAUGGCCGUGUCCUCCAUUGACGACACUGUGCCACCUACGACAUCUGCAAGCAGCAGCUCCACUGCGCCACGGAGCCCUGUAGGGGUGCUGGACGCUAGCUGCCUCAGCUACAAAAGCGAUGAUACGGCUACUAUAGCCGCACAUGGAAGCCGCUGCUGCUCCCGCCAUGAUAGCUCGCCGGUCACCAGCAAGAGGAGGAAGAUUAGCAGCUGACUGACCGGUCAAAGUGCCCAAUGAUAGGCCACUCCGGCCCUCAGCUGUACCACACCACUCGUCCCACUCUCUCAACAAAGGGUGAUAAAAAAAAGUCUGGUGUUCUCGAUUGCAACGACUGUGUAAAGGGGGAACCAAAAAGGAAGGAAUUUUGACAUGGCAAGAAGUGGGAGAGCAAUCCAAGAAGUUGAUGAAUAAAGAGGUGAGGUUAAGGUACUGAGGUUGACAACACCUAAUCCCUGAGCUUUUCUGCGUGGGAACCCAGCAGCUCUGGUGUGCCCCAAAAGAGCAAAACAAAGCAAAGCUUUGUGAGACACAAAGCUAAAUGUGAUUGGAUGAUCAAGCUAGGUAAAGCAGUUGCUGAUGGGACAUGAGUAGGCAAGAAGUGCAUGAACUAGGCACUGACCUGCAGUAGUUGUAUUUCUUUUCUUUCUUUUUUUCUUUCUUCAUUAGAUUUGUUUAUUUAAGAGAGUUGGGGGAGGAACAAUCAUUUUAUGAUCAAGAAUGAUCAUCCAAGUGAAUAAGAUAACAUGGAACGAGAAAAAUGAAAAAAAAGGGGCAAAACCCAGAAAACGAGGGAGAAGGGUUUCCUGAAUCUGUAAUCAACAGUGUUUGUUUUAUCAUUUGUUUUUCGUUCUUUGUA